AUGUCUUACGGUGUAGCCAGCACCUCCAAUGCCGUGCAGCGACUAACUGUCUCUCUAAGGGCGAAACUUGCAUCAGGAAAACCGUGCAUCGGUGCAUGGCUUGACAUUCCAAAUCCAGCUGUUGCACGAGUAAUUUCGCGAUUAGGAUUCGACUGGUGCCUUAUCGACAUGGAGCAUGCUCCAAUGACUAUUCAGAUAGCGGCAGAAAUGGUUGCAGCUAUUGGGUCAAGCUCUGAUUGCUCGCCUAUUGUCAGAGUUCCUGGCCACGGUGUGGAAUGGUUUAAAUGGGCAUUGGACGCAGGAGCUCAUGGUAUCAUCAUUCCCAUGGUAAACACCAAGGAGCAGUGCGAGGCCGUUGUGAGUCAUUGUAGAUAUCCGCCGGAGGGGACUCGCAGUGCCGGUGUCUUUUACGCCCAGUACGCCUUCUCAUCGUUAAAAGAUCAAGCCAAUGGAGUUCCUACAUAUCUGGCGGAAGCGAACCGAGAAAUCUUGGUUAUGCCGCAGAUAGAGAGCAAAACUGCGCUUGAAAAUGUUGAUGAGAUACUAUCUGUGCCCGGAGUGGAUCUGGCAUUUGUCGGCCCAACUGACUUGCAUUUGAGCUUGAAUUUGGCACCCAGCGCAGAGGGACGAGAGCCUAUAUUCCUGGAAGCGCUUGAGAAAAUCAAGGCUUCAGCAAAGAAGAACAAUGUCAAGCUGGGUAUAUUUGCUACCGGUGGAGCGGCUUCAAAGCAGAGGAUUGCUGAAGGCUUCCAGUUUGUGAAUGCAUGUACUGAUUUAGCGAUGGUGUUAAAGGGCUGUAAUGAAGCAUUACGAGAUGCCAAGAUGUGA